AUGGAUUUGAAGCUUGACGAUACCAUAAUCUCGCCCGGAUCACCAAGGCAGGUACCGAGACUAACGGAAUGCUACCAUGACGGAGCUGUCGACUGGGAGAAGCUUCUGGCAUACCUUGACCACCAUGCCGAAGCCUUCCCAUUGAUGACGAGCCUUGCGCGCAUCCUGAAGCUAUCACCAGGAAUAGUCUUGUCAAUCUCAGUAGUCUCAGUGAUCAUACUCUUUGCUUGUGGAAAAGGCACAGCAAUGAUAUGCGACGCCGCGGGACUGCUAUACCCAGGAUACAAAACAUACAAAGUCAUCAAGCACUUUGAUGGAAAUCCAGCCAUCAGAAGGGCAGCUACACAGGAAUUAAAUGGUGCUGUAGGGAUCGAUGGGAGCACUCCCCAAGAACAAUUGAUGUUCUGGGCAAAGUAUUGGGUAGUAUACUCCCUGGCAUUCGUAUUCAAGUACAUACUGUUCGCCGUAUUCUUCUGGUUCCCAUUCUUCGAUAUUUUCAAGUUAUGCUUCGCGGUGGCCAUGUUCCACCCAAAACUAAAGGGAGCGGAAGUUGUAUUCAACCUACUAGUAUUCCCAGUGCUCAUUCAAUACGAACAGCGUAUUGAUAGUGCACUGGAUUUCCUAGACAAAAAGAUGACUACAAUGCUAAAGUAUUAUGGACAACGUGCUAUGGACACUGGGUUGAGGGCACAUCUCGCAAAAAGUGAGGCAAACAUGAAGGCAACUAGCAGUGGCAAGUGA